CGCAUGCGCGCUGCAUUGUUUUGACUGAAAAUGCCGUCGGUUUCGAAAGCGGCGGCGGCGGCGCUGAGCGGGUCCCCCCCGCAGACGGAGAAGCCGACCCACUACAGGUAUCUAAAGGAAUUUAGGACAGAGCAGUGCGCCCUGUUUGUGCAGCACAAGUGCGCCCAGCACAGGCCAUUUACCUGUUUCCAUUGGCAUUUCCUAAAUCAGCGUCGGCGCAGACCGCUCCGCAGGCGCGACGGCACCUUCAACUACAGCCCGGACGUGUACUGCUCCAAGUACGACGAGGCCAGCGGCGUGUGCCCCGACGGCGACGAGUGCCCGUACCUGCACCGGACGACCGGGGACACGGAGCGCAAGUACCACCUGCGCUACUACAAGACCGGGACGUGCAUCCACGAGACGGACGCCCGUGGCCACUGCGUCAAGAACGGGCUGCACUGCGCCUUUGCGCACGGCCCGCUGGACCUGCGGCCGCCCGUGUGUGACAUCAGGGAGCUGCAGGCCCAGGAAUCCUUGCAAAGUGGCCAGCUUUGCGCUGGGGACGGCGUCCCUGAUUUGCAGCCCGGGGCCUUGGCCAGCCAGGCCAUGAUCGAGAAGAUCCUGGGCGAGGACCCCAGGUGGCAAGACGCCAGUUUCGUGCUGGGCAGCUAUAAGACAGAGCCGUGUCCGAAGCCACCGCGUCUGUGUCGCCAGGGCUAUGCGUGUCCGCACUACCACAACAGCAGGGACCGGCGGCGGAGCCCGCGAAGGUUCCAGUACAGGUCCACGCCGUGUCCGAGCGUGAAGCACGGUGACGAGUGGGGUGAGCCCGCGAGGUGUGACAGUGGGGACAGCUGUCAGUACUGCCAUUCCCGCGCGGAGCAGCAGUUCCACCCGGAGAUCUACAAGUCUACAAAGUGCAACGACAUGCGCCAAACCGGUUACUGCCCCCGGGGCCCCUUCUGCGCCUUCGCACACGUGGAAAAGAGCCUCGGAACGGCCAACGGCUGGGGCUGCCCGGCACCCGCCCGCAGCUCCGCGGCCAGCAGCGGCCAGCCCGUGCACGCGAAGAGGAGAGAGUCACCUGCCGAGGGCAGCCACAAGGCCGCUGAGCAGGACAGCAAGCAGAACCACCUGCCGGUGUCCACAGGGGCUCAUCCGCUUGCCCCCAGCCUGGGUUCCAGCGUGGCAUCCAGCGCCGGCUCUGGCAGCUCCUCCCCGGCCGCCCUGCCCUCGGCUCCCCGCACCCACCCGCCUGAGCCCGCCCCAGGCCCCGCUGUGGAUCUUCAUCCCGGCGAUGUCAGCCUCGCACCCCUAGAUAAGGAGCUGGAGGAGCAUGACCUGGGCGACCUGGGACCGGCAGGUCCGCGGUCGCCGGGGGGCUCGGCACCCGUCACCAUCCCCGGCCGCCUGCCCCGCUCCCCGUCCCUGCUGUCGUCCCCCUCAGUGUCUGCCUCCCCACUCAGCUCGCUCUCCCAGUCUCUGUCAGGGCCCCUCGUCUCUUCGGCCAUGACGCCCCCCCAGCAGCCGCCGGCCCUCACGUCGGAUCCCGGGGCGCUGGGCUCCUCGGCUGCGUCUUACAGCUCCUUAGGCUUGAACGGCGUCCCCGGGAGCAUCUGGGACUUUGUUUCCGGCAGCUUCUCUCCCAGCCCGUCCCCCAUCCUGAACGCCGGCCCUGCCCCCGCCUCAAGCGCCAGCCCGAGCGGAGCGGAGCUGGCCCGGGUCAGGCGGCAGCUGGACGAGGCCAAGAGGAAGAUCCGGCAGUGGGAGGAGUCCUGGCAGCAGGUGAAGCAGGCCUGUGACGCGUGGCAGCGGGAGGCCAAGGAGGCCAAGGAGCGGGCGCUGGCGGCCGACAGCGCGCGGCAGCUGGCGCUGCAGAAGAAGGAGGAGGUGGAAGCCCAGUUCCGGAGGCUGCGGGAGGAGCUGGAGGGCCGAGGGCCCGGCGCUGCGCUCCCGGGGCUGCCGCGCUGUGCCGACCUCGGAGCCACCCCCCUCCCCAAGCUGCACUCGCUGCAGACUCGGCUGCGCCUGGAUCUGGAAGCCGUGGACGGGGUGAGUGAUCCUCCAGCUUCGAGCCAAGCAGUGCGCCGUGUGCCGGGAGCGGGCCCGCGGCGGCGCCCUGCAGCCCUGCGCCUGCUGCGAGGGCCCACCGCUCCCAUGGUGACCGCCGCGUCCUCACCGGCCCCUCGGGCGCCCCCGGGCUCCGGAACGACGGGGGCUCGCGGACCUGACGCACCGGGACCCUGACCAGCACUUUGUAAACCGGGGGAUUUAGACGUUCUAAGUUGCUGUAAGCUGCUUC